AUGGCUCCCGCUAAUCGAGAAAUGGGCGCCUCCACGCGCGCUCUUCAUGUCGACGAUGCCCUGAAUGUCGUCACGGAUGUGGCUCCGCCAAUUCACGUGGCCACUACUUUCCGCUACUCCGACAACCCCGAUGAAUUAGUGCCCUGGGCCGACCGCAGUGGGGUAGGUGAUCAGAAGGACAACACAGCGCACGUCUAUUCUCGGUUGACCGCCCCUAAUUAUACUCGGUUUGAAGCUAUCUUGUCUUCACUCCUCAAUGGAAAGGCCAUUAGCUACUCCUCGGGGUUGUCAGCUUUGCACGCGGCGCUAGUCCUGCUCAAACCCCGCCGGAUUGCCAUUGGAAACGGUUAUCACGGAUGCCAUGGCGUGAUUUCUCUGUUCAGUCGCCUCACUGGACUUCAGAAGCUAGACCUGGAUUGUCCUGCCGAGCAAUUGGAGGCUGGCGACGUGAUUCAUCUGGAAACUCCGGUCAAUCCCGAGGGAACCGCCUUCAAUAUCGAAGCGUAUGCUCAAAAGGCUCAUUCUCGUGGCGCGUACCUCAUUGUUGAUGGCACAUUCGCCCCGCCCUUCCUCCAAGACCCUUUCGAAUGGGGUGCCGAUUUGGUGAUGCACUCGGGGUCGAAGUAUUUUGGCGGACACAGCGAUGUUCUUUGCGGAGUUCUUGCUACACAGCGUGAGGAUUGGGCGAAACAACUGCUUGAGGACCGGGUCUUCCUGGGCAGUGUGAUGGGAAAUAUGGAGAGCUGGUUAGGCGUUCGCAGCCUGCGGUCUCUGGAAGUCCGAGUGCAGCGCCAGAGCCAGAACGCAACCAGCCUUGUAUCCUGGCUGAACGAUGCACUGCGUGCGUCCAGCCCCGCUCCGGAUAGCGACGAAGCUGUGGUUCAACGUGCCCUUGAACAGGUGUUCCAUGCCAGCUUGCAGAAGGAGGACGAGUCUUGGCUGUUGAAGCAGAUGCCCAAUGGGUUCGGACCGGUCUUCUCGAUCACCAUGAAGACGGAGGAUUUUGCUCGAAAGCUACCAAGCAAGCUGGCAUUCUUCCAGCAUGCCACCAGUCUUGGAGGAGUGGAAACGUUGAUCGAAUGGCGGACAAUGUCGGACGCGACUGUGGAUCGCCGGUUGCUGCGCAUCAGUGUCGGGUUGGAGAACUGGGAAGAUCUCCGGCAGGAUCUGGUGACCGCGUUCAAGGAAUUAGUCGAGGGUAAAUAA